UGCAUGAGAACAAUGCCCAAUUUGUAUCCCCUUGGUCAACUCCGUUUACCCUACGGAACAAUAAUUUGAAGCCGAAAACAACAUCAACCGAACUAUCUCACGAUUCUGAAUCAUACGCAAUGGCUACCGACUUUCAGUCCUCCCUAUCUGCGAGUAUGCGACAGAGCAUGCCGCCCGUCGGCCCCUCUGUCGCAAACCAGCUGCCCAACAUCAACUUUGGCUUCGAUGACCUGCGCGAUCGCAUGGCAAAGUUCACAGCCCGAUUCGAUGCAUUCAUUGAAGAGGGCCGAAAGCGCGUCCUCGAAGAGCGCAACCAGUUUCGCAUGAACGUCGCCGAACUUCAAGAGGACCAACGUAUGAAGAAGCGAGACAUCGAAAUCAUUCAAGUCAAGACCUCGACGCACCAACAAACAAUUGAGAAGGAAGAGGCGGAAACGCGCGAGAUGGAGAGCGCUAUUAACUCACUCGCUGCCCAGCGCGACAACCACCUCGCAACGCGCGACAGCCUCAAGGCUGAAAUCGCACAAACACAAGCCGAGAUCGAAGCACGACUUGCCGCACAGCGCGAAUACGCUCAGCAGCAACAAGCCCAGUCUCGUUUCAACGUCCCUGAGUUGGACUUCUGGAUCACCAACCUUUGCCUCAAGAUCGAGGGCGCUGGCCACGACGACCGACUCAAGUUUGUGUAUACGCAUAUUGACGAGAAGGACUGGGAGCGCGAAGCUUGGUUCGAACUUGUUACAAGCUCGCGCGAUUACGAUGUGAAGCACUGCAGACCUAAGGUUGAGCGGGAGAAGGUUGAGAAGGUGCUGGAUAAGCUGAAUGAGUCAAGGGAACUGGUUGUUCUGCUGAAGGGCAUGAGAGAGUUGUUUGUGGAGGCCAUGAAGACUUGAAGAGUUGAUUGAUGGUUUAUGCUGCGACGACCGUUUAUGUGCGAUAGUGAUUUUUGAGAACGAUAAUUAUACCUUGGAUGAUUGUUUUUGUUUGAUAUAACGUUCUGAGCCUAUCUCUGAGUGUACAUUUGGACUGUGCUCUCAAGUAGCCUCGUAGAUACCAAUGAGAAUAGCCAACAAGAUCGUGCUGAAAAUCGAAAGCUAAACUAG